AUGUUGCCUCCAUUCAGAAGGGCAGGUCGAGGGUUUAUUGAAGGAGAGUUGAGAAGAAAAGUGCCAAGGGCAAAAGCCGGCCUGCGUCCCUGUACAAUGAAUUCCACCUUGCUGUCUACGCCAGAAUCAUACUGGGGCCAGUUUGAAGAAAUCUCCAAAUACAAUACUCAUCUGAACGUGGUCGAAAGACUAUGGACAGCAUGGUAUGCCUGGAUGCAAAAUGACGUUCUUGCAACUGGAAUCAUGUCUUUUGUAAUGCACGAAAUUGUAUAUUUCGGGCGUUCCCUCCCUUGGAUCUUUAUAGACACUCUCGGUUUGUUCAAGAACUACAAGAUUCAAAGCAGCAAGAUACCAUCCUUACGAGAGCAAUGGGAUUGUGCUAGAUUUGUGCUACUCAGCCAUUUUACCGUAGAGCUGCCACAAAUAUGGCUUUUCCACCCGAUGGCCCAGUUUUUUGGCCUGUCCACCUCUGUACCUUUUCCCUCUUUGUGGACCAUGGCUUAUCAAAUAGCGAUAUUCUUUGUUCUGGAAGACACGUGGCAUUACUUUUCCCACCGUGCUCUCCAUUGGGGUCCACUGUAUAAAGCCAUCCACAAGAUUCAUCAUCAAUAUUCCGCACCUUUCGGUAUGGCAGCUGAAUAUGCUUCUCCAAUUGAAGUCAUGAUUCUUGGAUUUGGUACUGUUGGUUGCCCAAUUCUAUGGUGUGCAGUAACCGGCGAUCUGCAUAUUUUUACGAUGUACAUCUGGAUCGUCUUGCGGCUUUUCCAGGCCAUUGAUGCGCACAGUGGCUAUGAGUUUCCAUGGAGUCUUCAUCACUUCCUCCCUUUCUGGGCUGGCGCAGACCACCAUGAUCUCCAUCACGAGAAGUUUGUAGGAAAUUAUUCCAGCAGCUUCAGGUGGUGGGAUUAUCUUCUGGACACCGAAUACUCCCCGGAGGCUAUCAAGAGGAGAAGGGAAAACAAGUCUGUGAAGGAUACCAAGAAGGCUCAGUGA